AUGUGUACUGCGCCUGCUCUCAUCCUCCGGCACAGCCGCUUGAGAAGCUUCAGAUCUGAAGACUGUAGCGAGAGGUGGAGACACGGCACGAGUAAGAAUGUUAUUAAUCUGUACAAGAAAUUGACAGAGAAGGUGAUGCCUGUGCCACUGGUCAUGUAUUUUGCCAUCAAUAUCCUGUACAUAGUGGAACAGCUCCAUAACAUUGGCAUCAUCCAUGGUGAUAUAAAACCUGAUAACUUUGCUCUGGGUGAAAACUUUAUAGAUCAUGAAUCUUGUAAACUGGAUCUGGUAUCGCAUGGACUAGCUCUCAUUGAUCUGGGUCAGAGCAUAGAUCUGACACUCUUCCCAACAGGAACAGCUUUCAAAGCAAAGUGCGAGACAUCUGGAUUUCAGUGCGUGGAAAUGCUGACCAAUAAACCCUGGAACUAUCAGACAGACUACUUUGGUGUAGCUGGAACAGUUUACUGCAUGCUGUUUGGCAACUACAUGAAAGUCCAUGAGGAGUGUGGUGUUUGGAAGACGGAGGGAAAUUUUAGACGAAUGCCAGAUGGAGAACUGUGGGUCAAUUUUUUCCAUACCUUAUUGAAUAUCCCUGACUGUCACAGCCCAUCGCCCCUCCAAGCCCUGCGGGAGAAACUCACAAGGACAUUCCAGAUGAUGUAUACAAGCAAAAUAAAAUCCCUGCGCAACAGACUCGUUAUCCGGCUUCUGGAAAACAAGCCUACGAGGAGAUAA